AUGCAUUCCGGGUCGCUGGCCUAUGGUACUUUUAUCCUCGCCAUUACGCAAUUUGUCCAUUACGUGGCAGAGUAUGUCGAGAGGCAGAGCGAGCAGGGCGUCGAGAACCCUGUCGUCCAUUGCCUGGCUUGUUGUAUUUCUUGUUGCUGCGGUUGCUGCGAGCAGAUCGUGAAGACCGUCAACAGGAACGCGUUCUUCAUCAUUGCCAUCACAUCAAAGAGCUUCUGCAGUGCCGCGAGGAGUCUGUUUCACAUUAUUGCAGAUUACGGGGCCGCCAUGGCAGUGCUUAACGGUGCGACCGUCAUCUUCCAGAUGGUUGGUGGGCUCAUGAUAACCGCGGCGUCGGGUUUUUUCGCGCAGCUUCUGUUUCAUCAUUAUGGGUCUGAGGAGCCGACAGUGGGCGUCGUCGUCUCUU